CGAUACGCUCGAGUGCGGAGCGACCGUCAAACGAAAACAAAACCGCGUAGGAAGAUGUGUAGUCGUAGCGCGAUAUUUAUCGCGCUUGCGUUAUUUGUGAUACUGUUUUGCGACAGCACGUCGUCGGAAUGCACGCAAGUAGGACCGUGCACGUGCUUGCUGCCGGAUGGCCAGUAUUACAAUUUGACCGCCCUCGCUAAAGAAAAACCAUUAAACGACACAUCACCGACAUCAACAGCAAUCUUUCACCCAUGCACCAAUGUACCGAUGACGAUGGGUCCUGAUAGCACAACAUGUGCAAGUGGCAGUGGAGUUUCGUUGUGCGCGUACAAUAAGGAGGCAAAUAAGACAUUAAAUCUCGGGACAGUAGAGGAAACGCGAAUGAAGUUGUCGAGCACUAACAAAUUCCCAAUCUUUGAGAUACAUCAUGGGAACGUUACGUCAUUCAUAAAUAUCGUAUGCGUCAAUUACAACGAGACGAGUUUCAGAAUAGAAUCCUUCAAUGCGAAAGAAUACUUCUUUCAUCUAUCGUCGCCGUACGCGUGUAAAAUAGAGCCGCAGAAGGGACUGUCCACCGGCUCCGUCUUGGUGAUUCUGUUCUUCACGUUCGCUGGGAUAUACUUCAUCGGCGGUGCUAUAGCACUGAAGACGCUGAGAGGGGCGACAGGGUGGGAAAUGUUGCCGAAUCAUGACUUCUGGUGUGAGCUUCCCUCGCUAGUCAGAGACGGCAUCGUCUUCACUUUCAAUUGUUGUCGCGCCGACAGUUACGAGAGAAUAUAAGGCGACGUCAUCAUUACUGGCCCGUCUGUAUGACACAUUAGCGAGUUGCGAGAGAUGCGUGACACAGACGGGUUGAGUGAGUUCUAUUUAAUAUUUAUGAAAUAAGCGGCUUCGUUGUGCAAUAUAGUGCGUUAUACAAUAUAUAUAUAUAUAUAGUCCGGUUGUAUUCUUUCUAUCUGUGUACUGCUUUAUGUUGCGUUCCUCUGCACUUGCGCAGAGGUUUACAGUUAGCGUGUUGCAACACCACCUCUUCUUUGUAAUGUGUAUAUAUAUAUAUAUUAAUUUUUAAAAUUAUUUCUAAGUUUCUGAACCGAUAUAUUCUUUUGAGUUUUCACGUGUAUUUCUAGUAGUAGCACAUUCUGGAAGCGCCACAAAGUGUACAUACAAGCGAGAAAAACGCGAUUUUCUACUGCGCUCUCUAUUAUAUAAUCAAUUUAAUUUCUUCUCUUAAGUCCCUGUAAUUAGCGUUGCAAGGGUUGCACCAUGCGAACACGAUGAUUACACGAAGGCGAUUGCAAGGAAACAUCUGAUUACAAACCAAAGAACUUCAUCGACCCUCUCUCGGAUGUAGAGUGCGUUUCCGUGUUGUUCAGAGCGCGUAUUCGCUGGCGAACGAAGAAGCGGCGAUACCGCCAACGAUCAGUGUGACUAAGGUAGAUUUGUUGUUACAUGUUUUAACAUUGGAAGGGAGCUUUGAAUCGCUGAACUCGGCCCACGGAUGUACCGUUCUUGAGACGGAGAUAUAUUUUUUUAUAAAACUUUUGACCGAUACUUUAGUAUGCAGCGAGGUAGCUUCACAGGUUUUUGUACGCUUAGAGUAGUAUUAUUAUCCCUUUUGUACAGGAGACCAUUCGUUUCUACUGCUUAUCUCGUAGAUCCUUCCAGUGUUAAUGAUACGGAGAGGCGAAAACGGUGAUUUGAUAAUGUGAUCUUUUUUUAUUAACAAAAUCUCUAGUAAUACAAAAAUAUAAAUAUCUAUACAGAC